GUGACGAAAGAAUGAUCUUAAAAGCGGAACAAUGAGGCUGACUGUUUGAGUCGCAGUCACUCCAUCACGCGCCAUCGACCGCAAGCCGCGCGCCAAUUCCAUAGCAGCAGAUGCACGGUCACUUGGCGUUUUCUCUUUUCUACCCUGGAAGCUUCAGCCCCGAUAUUCCUUUCUUUUUCCACCAUUCAUCUCCUGUUUUGCGGAGGCCUUCCUUCGCCAAAUAUCGGCGUUCCCUCUGUCGGAAACCAGCGGAGGCGUGCAUGCAGCCGAUCUCUGCAACUGCGAGGUGCAUGCGCUGUGUCUCCGAAUUCGCAAUCUUUCUGCUGGAUCCUCACGAUUUCCAAAGACCAGGCCGCAACUCGUCUCCAGUGGGUUUGUCGAGCUGGGUAGCACACGUUCCUCGCUCCUUUGAUUUCUCCUCUGGCUGCUGCCCCAGACGAGUCCCUCUCGCGUCUCGUGCUCCUUUUUUUCCUGUUCCCGAGGGCCUCCGGUCCUGGCCUUCGCGUCCGUCCUUCCGGGUCUCGGCGUCCUCUUCUCGUUUUCCUUGGGUGUCGACCUCCUGAGUUUUCGUUCGCUUUUUUCGCUCGCAGUGCGAGAUGGCGACUCCGUGCCUCGGUCGCUCGUCGCGCCUGCACGGUUACCGUCUCGCUCUCCGGUCUCUGCCUCUGCCUCUCCGUCACUUGGGUGCUUCGCAUCUUCAGAAUAGGUCUUCUCGUUGCUUCGCAGGAACUCCAACAACUCCACAUUUUCCUCCACCCUCCUCAGCGAAGGCGAAGCCAGGCGAAACGGAGAAAAUCCGUUCGCUGAGAGGCAGAGGAUCCUCGCGCUUGGAGACUGCUAGCCACACGCCUGUGCGACGGGAUGAAGAGGAGGAAAAGAAUGUCAAGUUGAGGCAGUUCGUUUCUUCGGUUUUCGAUGUGGGCGAGAGACUCCCUCGACCUCCUCUCGCUUUCCAGAGAACGGAGAUGUGCGAAAACAAGGUUUUCGGACGACCCGUCGUUGGAGGAGGUCCCGGGAGUUAUCGCAUGCAGAAGCGAUCGGUUGUCUCUCUCAUGCAGAUGUUGGCGCGAAAGAAAAAGAAAAAAGGCGUUGCUCAGCCUCGAAAGAAAGUUCAGUACAUCUCCACUCCCGAUCCUCUCGCUCAGCCCAUCAAAUCGAGGGACAGGCGAGACUUCCUGCAUGCUUCAUCUUCUGCUUCUUCUCUGUCAUCUGCUGUUUCCCCCCACGAAGAACCUGGAGACCCAUUCAUUCUUAAUGACAUCCACGAGCGCGAGUUUGCCUUCCGAGAAGACAUGCGUUCUUCGCCGAACUCUCUCACUUCCCCUGGUGUUACUCAGGUCGAUAAAUUCUUCCCUGGGGUAGACAUAAGAAGGACAGUUGUCCCUGCGCGACACAGAGACGCCGUUGACAGAGAAGGAGCCUUUAAUGAAGACGCAGAAAAACGAGGAAGAUACGCAGAGACAGGAGUCAUAGAGUCGACCUCGACGACGGCACACAGGCAGCUCAGGCAACUCGCUCAAAUGCGGAGUGUCAAACACCUAGCUUCUUACCUUCUUCAGUUCUCUCAGACCGUUCCGGCUGCGAACAGUGCAGAGGCGUACGUACAAGUCCUCAGCCGUAUCGAGAGAGAUGCAGGCCUCAUGGACUGCGAAGCAAUUCGCCGAGCAGCAACGGCGAUCGCGAACUUUCGCAGGGGCCGAAACUCGCCGCUUGCAUCGAAAACACCAAGGCGCCUUCGCCCGUACGACGGCCAGAGAGGACGCUCGUCGCCACGAGAAACGAUGAAGACACGAAAGGAACAAGAAGCUGCGGAGUUGCGCGGCCUGCUGACGGGCGGCCAGAGACAGGCCGGUAUCUUUGCAGGCGAUUUGGAGCCUGAAGUAGAGACCAACGAGGCGGUUCGAGUUGCCGAAGACCGCACAGUUGAGGCUCUCAUGAAGCAGGCUGGCGAGCAGCUUCUCGAUACGACUCCCCUUCGCACUGCCUGUCGCCUCCUCGCUCUCUUCGCCGUCUACUUCCGCCUUUUCUACCUGCCGUUCUACGCCAGCUUCUCUCUCAAGUUCUGUCAGCAACACCUGCGCGCGUCUGGCCAGGAACUGGCAGAUGUCGCUCACGCGUUCGCCUUGCUCUACCUUAAAGACGGGCGCCUUUUUGAAAGCGUGGCGACUGCCUCGGCUUCAAUCCUCUCCACGUUUUCGCACACGCACCUCAGUCGACUGCUGCUCUCCUUCGCUCUUGUCGGACUCUCGUGCGAGUCUCUGUUCCUUGACGCAGCGCCCCAUAUCGCCCGCAUGAGAGCGCGCUUCUCUCCCGAAGAAGUGGGUCACCUCGCGUUUGCUCAUGCCAGGUUUCGCCUGUGCACACCGCAGCUUCAAAGUCUCUUGAAUGACCGUGUGCCGGACAUUCUUCCCUACCUCUCUUCUCCCCAAUUGGGUGAGCUGGUGAUUUCUAUGAGACAGCUAAGAGUUCCUCUUUCUCUGGAUGCCCAGGCGCAACUGGCGGAGCGCAUCGAUCUGUCUGUGCUCGACUGGGAGCUCCUUGGCGCUUUUCUCUCAGCCGCCUCGCUGCUCCAGGCCCUGCCAAUCUCGUUCUGGCAGGAGGCAGCGACUGAGUGCCUCUCGAGGCUUCUGCCUCCUCUGACAUCGAUGGAAAUGUUAGCGGCCACAGAGUGGAGAACGGAAAGAGAUGCUACGCUGGGUAGUUGCGAAUACAACGCAUGCGAGACCUCUCAUUUCCCGAAAGAGAAAGAAUUCGAGAGCGCCUCACAACAGAUGGAGGUGUCUUGCGAGCCCGUCACUUCUUGGCUGUCGCCCUCGAUGAAGCCCCUUUCUGCAGCGUUGUCAUCUCCGGUCGUAUCCUCAGCUUCUUCUCAAUCUGCUCAGAAGGACUUCGCGCUGCCUCCUGAUUUCCCGAUUUUGCCGCUUCCAGCCACCUCGGCACUGGUGGAUUGCUUCCUCUCCUUCUCGGCUCUCUUCGCUGGCUCUCUCGCUGGCUCGGCGGGUGUUCCACACGACCUCUGCACCCCUCUCCCUAGCGUUCUCGCUGCUCUCGCGCAUUGUCUGUGUUCCUCGCCUUCGCUUUCCUCAACUUCUGAAGAAGACCGGAACGGAGGCAGUCGGACAGGACCGACUCGAAAGGAACUGAUCGACACCCUUCUCCCCGCAGACGUUGCGAGGCUGUACCGGGCCUUGCGAGGAGGUGUGAGGUCGCACUGGGAUGUCGAGCAGAGACAGUGGAAGGAAGCAAAGGAAGGCCCCGAACAUGCGAAUGCUUCUCCUCAAUCUAUGCGUUCUUUUGACCCUUUCUCGGGCAACGGAUUACCACGACGGCGAGUGGACGGUGGCAAGGAAUGCACAGAAGAGACACAACUGAGAGGAGGACCUGACGGCACGGCCAGCUCUCUCCUCGCUCCCCAGCGCAUGCCGAAGAGCGACGGAGGGGAUGUGCUAGCGGAGGCGCCAGGCGCAGGGGACAGGCACCAUGUGGACGGCGAGUCUCGUCAACGCGACGUCGCCGCUGAUGGGGAGGAAGAAGCUGCGUGGAUGGAGACGCAAGUAAACAGUUUGCGCUACUUUCGCAAAUCAGGUUUUAGCCGGGGAGUUACGCAGCUCAACUAUGAGGGCCGAAGCCCGCCAAGCCGUGAUGAAGUCAGCGAACAAGCGAGUAGUGACAGGGAAUUGGGAAGCGUUUUCGAAUUUGAGAGGGAUGGCGAAACCGAGAUAAGCCGUGACCCAAGUCCCCUCUGGACGGACACUGUUGUCGCCCGCGCCCUGCAUGCUUUCUCGAAUCAGCGUCUCGAUUUCAAUGUGAGAGCCGAAGCGGAGGGUGAGGCAGAAGCGAGUGAAGGCAGCCAGGUGGUUCCGCUGUCCAGAGCUCUGAGCGAAGUCGCUGAUGCGCUCACAUCAGGGGAGGGACAGGAUGCGGCGAUUCUGAGGCUGGAGAUGGGUCUUUUACGACGCUUUCUGUCACUGGAGCCUGGCGCCUUCAGUCUCUCUCAGCUGCUCGCGGUCACAUAUUCACUGAUCGCUCUGUAUCCCCCGCCUGCUCGACCUGUCGCGUCUACAGGGUCGCUUGUGUCUCUUCAGUCGCUGUCUGACGGCGUCAACUCAUUUCCUUCUUCUAUUUCUGCGAGGCGAACGAAGCUUCAGAGUUCUCGGACUGAACGCGAAGGAGCAGGGAACGAUCCGCCGUCGAAACUGCCCGCUCGUUCUCCUCUUCCUCGUGAUGCCCCCGGCGCCUUUCUGGAAGUCGCUUGUCGGCGAGUCGCGAAUGCACUGUGUACUGUGCAGAAGAAGGAAGGCACGCGCGACGACGAGGCUUGUCCGCCCAUUCAGCACCUGCUGUAUCUCCAGCAGUUCGUUGUCAGAACCUUCACAGCCGUUCACUACCCUGGAGUGCCCCUUUGGCCUCUACCUUUCCAAGCUGCCUCUGCGGAGGCUGUCGCUGAGAAUUCUCUCCAGAUGCGGAGGUCGCAACCAGGAGGUCCACGGCGACUCGGUUUCUCCUUCGCUUCGCCGCUCGCAAUCAGUGAAGUCGAGAGUAUCCUCGAAGAAGAAGGAAUUGAAUUUUGUGCGAACUUCAGUGAGGGGCCGUUCACGUGCCUCGGUGUCGAGACUUCAAGACCCAUUGCCUAUCUCUUCCUCGCCCCCGAGUGCUACCAGCCACCGGCUCUCAGUGCGUCAAGCCGGCGAGAGGUCGUGAGACGAGUCUGGAGCGUGGAAGAAAAACUCAAAGGUCAGGAGGAGUCUGGUGAACUCGCUGCCUCUUACCGACAUUUACACACGUCGAUGGACACAAAGCGUGAUACAACAGACUCCAGUCACCAGUUGGAGGCGGAAAACCGAAACUCCUGUCAGGAGACAGAAAAUGGACACCUCGUGGAUGAGAGGAAUUUGUACUCAACUGCGAUUCGUUCUGCUGAUGGCCUCCUCGAGCUAAAAAGUGAAACAGGGGCUGCACUCAGAUGUUUCCAGCAAAGAGGCUGGCAGCUGGUGUGCCUCCCGUUCUUCGUUUGGCGCCUUCUCGCAACACGAGAAGCGAAACGCAGUUUCCUACGGCAACAGCGUGAACUUUGUCUCGCUGUCGAUCGCGCACCACAUGCUGCGAGUCGUAACUAAAGUCGUGUACUGCUGAGUACGUAGUACACUGCGGAGAACCGUGCAUUUUCAAUUAUAUAUAUAUAUAUAUAUAUAUAUGUACGCGUAGGAAUGUAGAUGCACACGAUUUGUUUCUACAAACAUUCGCGCCAAGACCUGCGUAAAACCUGGAAAUGAGAAUUGCGUUGUCGGCAUUUUCCCGGUCGAUUCCUGCGUGGGCAGGAGUGUGCCGUCGAUUUUCAACCUUGUUUCAAGGACGCUUGCAUCUUCUGUAGUCAUGUACUGCGUCUUCUUCGCUUUCCAUAUUCAAGGGGAGCGAGUGGUGGGGGAGGGAGGGGCGCUUCUGUAGUACUUAGCAAGCGGUGGUGUCGAAAGAGACAACUGCACUUGUGUGUGUUUUUGCCGAGCUUGCUGUAAGGAAUUCCGUCGGCACACCUGCUGGACAGGCGGUCCAGCUUAUCUGAAAGCUAAUCAAUAUUAAUUUUGAUGUGGAGGCACUUUUUCCCUUACAACACAGCUGGGUACGUGUGGAAGGGGAAUGUCUAACGGCGCCGUGUGUCUGAAAUAAAUAGCACAGUCAGGUUAACUUAAUUAGGGG